GUGUUCAUAGCAAUAAAAAAAAUUGUUAAAAAAAAUGGCGACGAUCAAAAAAAAAUUAGACCCCUCAGCGGGAAAAAAACGUGAAAAAGCGUGAAAAAACGCAUUUUAAAUUCUAUAUCUCAUUAUACCGAUACAAUUUUUAUAGUGCUCAUCAAUAAUAUUAAUUAACACUAUAUUUUCUACUCAUAUAAAAAAUUUGAUUAAGAUUAAGCUACAUUUAGACAUCUCAGAAGUUAUUUUUGUGAACUGCGCAACCCUGGUUAUGUAUAUUUCUUCCUAUCUGACAGUUUAAUCCGGCAUUACUAGUUUUGCUUUUACUGUGUUUUACUCUUGUGCGAAUUAAUUGAACUGUGUGGCGUGAAACUAAUAUAACUACAAAAAUGGUGAAAGCAGUUCGUGUAAAUAGAAAUAAAGAAGACUGGCUACUUGGUAAAGCGUGCGAUAAAAGUUUAGCUAUUGGCUCACGACUUCCAUUGCAACUGAAAGUCAUGCGUAGGUUUCUUUCUUUAAGGCUGUUGGAUGUUAACAAGCCGACUAAACAAAUAUUCAGAGUGAUUCUUGAUGAGCUUAAAGAAAUCUGGGGAAGAGCAGCCAUUCCCAUCAAAGUUGACAGAAACUGUUUACGACAACUCCUCAAAAUCCACCAAGAUUGGUUUGCCAUUACCAAAAUUAAGAUUGAUUCAAGACAGACUGUUAAUUCAAAGAAGCAUAUUGCAAAUUUUAAGACACGAAUGAAUACUUUGUGCGAUCUGACACCAAGUGAUGUAGAAAACAAACUGAAGGCAUCAAGAAAAACGUACUGGAAAGAAGAUUUUAUGUUCUUAAUAGGACAAAGAGAGUAUCCACAGCGUGGUCGUAUGGCCAAUGUUGACCGAAACGAAGCUCAAAGAGCAAAUAUUCAAUCACUGAGAAGUUCACGAACAAAUACACCUUCGUUGCCCGCAUCAAAUGAAACAUACGAUGAAUCAAUAUCUGUCGGCAGCAAUGAAUCAGAGGACUUAUCGCAGUUUUCCAGUGAUGAAGAAUAUUAUGAACCUCGCAGAACCCCACGUCCAUCUUCGGUAAUAUUAGAAAUCCCUGCCAAAAAUCUUACCAAAGCAACAGGCCAGGUAGCAGAUAGCAGAGAUCUUAGUUUACGUGACCAUUUGACGAUCCAAUCUGCUUUGGUUGCUGCUGGAGGUGGCAAUAUCAAUGAUCUUUCGAUGUCCCUCACCACAGUUCACCGACAAAGACAGCAGUUAAGGAAAGAAAUAUCGGAUGGUAUCAAAGAAAGUUUUAUUCCACCAUCGUCCAUUCUAAUCCACUGGGACUCUAAGCUCAUCAAAUAUCUAACUGGAAAAGUAGACGAUCGCGUUGCGAUCCUAAUAAGUGGAAAACCUGAUCUUGAAAACCCUAAAUUACUGGGCAUUCCAGUGAUAGCGAAUUCUACUGGGGAAGCUCAACACAACGCCGUCAUUGAUUUACUUAGAGAGUGGAAGGUUUUUGACAAAGUUGUUGGUUUGGUGUUUGACACUACGGCCAGUAACACCGGUCGCUUGAAGGGAAGUGCCACUAGUAUUGAAAAAACACUUGGUCGAGCAGUAUUAUGGUUUGCAUGUAGACAUCACGUUUACGAAAUACAUGUCAAACAUGUAUCUGAUUCGGUAAUGGGAAAGCGAAACAGCCCAUCAGAAGCGCUGUUCGUCCGGUUUCAAAAGGAUUGGAAAGACUUUGAUCAAGAACAAAGUAAUCUGGUGCUCUUUGAUUGGGAGGUAAAUGAUGAUCUGAUAAACGUUGGGCAUCAAGUACUUGAAUGGGCAACGGGAUGUCUUGCGUCCAAAACAUUUCCUCGCGAGGACUAUCGUGAAUUAGUUCAACUUACAGUUUUAUUUUUGGGCGGAACUGUCCCUGACUUUCGAUUCAGAAAACCAGGUUCGCUACUUUCAUUAUUUCAACGGAAACGGUCUAAUCCAUCAUAUUCUUUACUUGUAUUCUGA